AGUUAUAAAGAAAAACGGGCUCGGAGGGUUUCGAACUAUACGACGUCAAAUUGAAGCUAUUGAAAUAAAGAUUGAGUUGUUGAAAUUAAAACAAACAUUGGAAUUGCGUAGAAAUUAUACGUUAAGAAAUAUGAAAAAAUUAAGUGAGUUAAACAAUCAAAAUAAUGGGAUCACCACAAGUGCCGAAUUAGAUGCAG